AGUUAAGCUAAAAUGGCGGACACGAAUCAAGUUUACGGCAGUGGUGACCAAAAAAUACCUGCUCUGGCUGAAAAAAUGGAGAAAAUCACGGACAGGCUAUUACGAAGGGAAGAGCAGAGACAGGCCGAAUUAGAGAAGAAGCGCAUCGAGCGUGAAAAUGCUUCACUCAAACAAGAGAGCGCUGAUUACUUCAGUUCGGCGUUUCAAGAAGCACGGCAGAAAAUCGAGCAGAAAAUGAUCGGAGUGGAACAGGUUACAAGAUCAAAAAUGAUCGAUUAUUUUGAUGAAAUAUCCGCGGACAUACAGCAGCUGCAAAAAUUUGUAAGUGAUUCCGCAAUGUUUCUUCCGUCCUACGAUAUCAAAGUUGCACAGGAGGCGAUUACAAAAUUGCAGCAAGCAGUAACUGAGAAACGAGAUGAGAAGAUGCCGAAAAAGAAAUUCACUUUCAAAUCGCGCAGGAAAGAUACCGGCCAAUCUGAAGGAACUGUCGACGUUGACGCUGCAAAGAAAAAUGUAAGCAUUUGCGCUCACAUGGCCCAGGUCAUAUCGGACACUGGUAAGAUGGAAUGCAGCGUUUCUGACAAGAAAGCCGAGAAAGUCAGUUUGGAUGAAACCGAAGUCAACGGUAAAGAUGUCGGGCUGUUUCGUCUUGUGGACUCUGUUGUGAAGGUACGCGGAUCACCCAGUGCCUUGCAUAUCAACAGUUUGACAAACUGCAAAGUAUUCUGCGGCCCUGUUCCAGGAUCUAUUUUCGUUGAUGAGUGUGUGAACUGUAUAUUAGUGGUGUCUUGUCAACAACUUCGUGUGCACCAUACCACUGACACUCAGUUUUAUCUGCAUGUCACCAGCAGAGCCAUUAUCGAGGACACCACCCGGGUAGAAUUUGCACCAUACACCUGGUCGUAUGUUGGAAUUGAUCAACACUUUUCUGCGACGGGCUUAGAACGAAAACGGAAUACCUGGGACGACGUUGACGACUUUAAUUGGUUGGCAAGUGACAAACAUUCACCGAAUUGGAGCCUCAUCCCGGAGAAGAAAAGGGUGACAUCGUGGGAUCCGUAACUGAUUCACUACCCAAAUUGUAGUGUACCCCAAGUGUGCUGCAUAUUAUUUUUCUUUCGGGGUUGUAAAUUCUAAUUCAUCAGAUGGAUUAAUUAUAAUAUUAAAUCUUGUGAUAUUUACAUGUUUAAAAUGCUUGAAUCUCUUCUUUUUUUUAAUUACAAAUAUAAUUUCGAUAUUUUCACAUCCAGGGUGUAAAAUAAUUAGUUGGCUAUUUGCACCUCUGGAAGUGAUCGUGUAUGGUAGAUAUUGAACUUCUUCAUGGAAUUAAAAGAUAUUUUAUGUAUAGUCUCAGAAAAAA